AUGCAGUACUCCGCCGCUUUCCUCGCCCUCUUCGCCGCUUCCGGCGCCAUGGCCGGCGCCCGCCCCGGCUCCAGCUACCACCGCUCCGACAAGUCCGUCACCAUCUCCCUCCGCGGUGCGGCGGCCGAGUCCGAGGUCGUCUUCCGCCGCGAGCCCGGCGACCGCCCCUUCGCCGGCCGCCCCGACAACAACGGCCCCUUUGAGGAGGUCGAGCUCACCCUCGGCGACGACGUGCAAAACGACGAGCUCCGCUGCCAGGUCCUCGACCAGGACCGCAACCCCAUCGUCGUCCUCCGCGGCAACAACACCGACAACACCUUUGCCGACGGCGACAAGGGUGCCUGGAAGUUCCGCGCCCCCACCAACGUCCACAAGGUCGUCUGCAGCCAGGACUUUGAGAAGAUUGAUCCCCAAGACGACCGCCUCGCCGUCACCGACGAGGUCUUUGACACCGUCACCCUCAUGGUCACCGGCGAGUUCGUCGACCCCGCGCUCCGCUGCCAGAUCAUCGGCGAGGACGACAAGCCCCUCGUCAUCCUCCGCGGUGCCAACACCGACGAGACCUUUGCCGACGGCGGCAAGGGCGCCUGGACCAUCCGCACCCCGGCCAAGGUCAAGAAGGUCACCUGCAACCCGGCCUUCCAGCAGAUCGACCCCACCGAUGACCGCCUCCAGGUCACCGUCAACCUCAACGGCCAGGGCGGCUCCAACGACUUCCGCCUCAGCGGUGCCGUCAACAACUUCGUCCAGGUCACCGACGGUCUCGAGUAUGACCAGGUCACCCUCUCCGUCACCGGCGAUCUCGUCGACCCCACUCUCCGCUGCCAGCUCAUCCCCGUCGUCUUCACCACCCAGGUUAACGUCGACGUCACCUUUGCUGACGGCGGCAAGGGCGCCUGGGCUUUCGAGUCUGACGCUAUUGCCAAGAUCGUCUGCGACCCCGCCUUCAAGCAGGGCCGCGAAUUCUGCUCCAACGCCCUCGGCUUCAACGGCGUCGCACCCGACGCAGCCCCCGUCAGCGCAGACGCCACGUACUGGACCGCCUCGUGCUCCAAAGUCGUAGGAACCAUUGCCGCCCUCCAAUGCCUCGCUAACCCGGACAUCAUUACGCCCGGACCGGACGGCACGAGCUUUACGCUGGCCCCCGCCACCAAGAAGAUCACCCUCCGCCACCUCCUCUGCCACACUGCCGGACUAUCGUACGACGCGUUCAACCCGGUCUUGCAGGCCUGGCGGCAAUCGCGCGGAGAGGCGCCCAUGGGUCUCAACGGCACCGUGGUGCAGGGCCACUCUGUGCCGCUCAUGUACGAGCCGGGAGAGAGCUGGUCUUACGGAGGCAAUAUAGAUCACCCCGACGUCGCCAAGCGGCUCCUCAAGACCGCCGAGCGCGUCGAGGGCGGCGCGCUCAAGGACGCCGCCCUCCUGCACGAUCUGGUACGCGACGAGCCCACGCUCCUCACAAAAGAGACCAUCGAGGGCGAGAUGUACCGGCCGCAGUUCGCGCACGGCAGCGGCAACAUCCGGGGGCUCGUCAACGGCGCGGGCAUGGUGGCGGCCAUGACCAAGACGACCGUCAUGGACGGGCUCAACUGGGGGCUGGGCGGGGUCUACGCCGAAGCCGACGUUGGCGUGCUGCCCGAGGGCUCCCUGUGCUGGGGAGGCCUCCCGAACAUUGUGUGGUUCGCGAACAGGGGAAGGGUGUUGGGGACACCCGAGCAGGAGUCUAGAGAACGAUUGGAAAAUGGCCAGCACCGGAACGACGCCAAGCAGCAGCCCGUCUCCUCCCGGGACAGCGACGGCUCCUUCCGUCGCGGCAAAAGGUGCUGUCGCAAGCAAACCAAGCCAUCAGUUUUGCAGCCUCGGAAAAGAAACCCUCGUCGCCUUUCCCGUAUCGACCGGCAGCACUGGCACCCGCACCCUUCUCCGAACAGUGUCUGGGGAUGCCUACCUCCCCGGCCAACCUCGCAUCCGCCUCCAUGCCACCGCUGGCGCGCCAAGCGCGCCCCGGCCAGGGAUACGGUCGCCGAUUAUCUGCGCGAAGCGCACCUCACCAACGAGCUCGACGAGCUUCUCCCGUUUAUGAGCUAUGUAUUCGUCCAAACCCCCUCAUUCCGACACAUCAUGCCCCUCCACCACCAACAAGCCCACGCGCGCAACAUCAUCGUCGACGAAGCCGCCGGGCUCCACCUCGUCUGGCACUACGACCGCAUCUUCAUCAAACCCAUCCCCGCCUACUUCUACUCCUCCCAGUUCUGGACCUACCUGCAGGGCCUAAGCCCCGCGCCGAACCCGGCCGACAACCGAAAGUUCAACGACCCGUACGCCGCCGCCAUCGGCUUCAUGCGCAGCUACUACUUCCUCAUCCAGUUCGAGCACCCCACCUACGCCGAGUUCUGCCGCUUCAUCGAGCAGUUCAACGACAUCAGCGACGCCGACACCUGUCGCCGCUACCACUACGGCGAGCUGCGCCUCACCCGCAUCAACCGCACCUCGCUGUUCCGCAAGGGCCGCCUCGCCUACUUCCACAUCUACCCCCAGUGGGGUCCUACCUCCGCCAUUUCCUCGCCCCCAUCAUCAUGA